CUCCCGCUGCAAUCAAAAGCAACAACUUCAGUGAUAUUUAUCUUCCUGGUCCUGUCUGACCUUCAACAUCUAUUUUCUACUGCAUAAACCUUGUCCCUCUCAUUCUGAUUCUGACUGUGCAUACGCAUACGCAUAUUCCCAAGCCUUUACCUCUUUUCGUUCCAAUUGCUCCAUCACCAUGGCCCCAAUUUCCCUCUGUGAUGGCAGCAGCAGCAGCAGCGACGCCAACAAUCCCCUUACAUCCACUCCCACUCAGAGCCUGCUUCCUCUCGUCGAGCAGAUCAGACAGGCGGUAAUGCAAGAAGAGAGUGCCGACCGAAACCCCAACGCGCACUUCCAGCUCCUGGGUCUAAUCGACGACCUCAAGCGAGCAGUCGAGAGCCCAACCGAGACGCUGCUACGGUUAAUCUACCAGCCCCCGCAAAACGCCGCCCUCCGCACCGUCAUGGAUAUGGGCAUCUUCCCAUUACUGAUGGAGCACAGCAAGGGGCUAUCGGCGAGCGAAUUGGCUGAGCACACCGGGGCCGAGAGAGCGUUAAUCGUCCGCCUCAUGCGUCUCAUGGCCUCUCUGGGCCUCUGCAUGAACCCCACGCCGGAAUUCUACCGCGCGAAUGCGAAGACCGCCGCCUUGACCCAACCGAUUGGGCGGGAUGGGAUUCCUUGCAUAUACGACCUCACCCUCGCCACCCUCACCAAACUCCCCGCCUACUUCCACGAGCACGCCUACACCACCCCCAAGGAAUACUCCACCAGCCCGAUGAAUUACGCUGUCGGGAUGGGCCAAUUCGAAUGGCUGGCCGCGCACAAACCGCGCCAGACGCGAUUUAACUCGUACAUGGCGAGUCGACGGCAGGGGAAGCCAGAGUGGUUUGAGAUUUAUCCCGUGGAGCGGCUUACUACCAGCACCACCACCACCAGCCCGCUCAAACAAACCCCGGAGGCAGUCUUCAUCGUCGACGUAGGCGGCAACCAGGGCCACGAUCUACUCAAAUUCCAAGAGCGGUACCCCCCGGACCAGAUCCCAGGGCGUCGGGUGCUCCAGGAUUUGCCCAAGGUGGUCAAGUGGGAUGUGGGGAGGGGGAUUGAGGCGAUGGGGUGUAGUUUUCUGGAAGAGCAGAUGGUCAAAGGCGCACGAAUCUACUACUUCCGCGCCAUCUUCCACGACUGGCCUGACAGCACCUGCCAAACCAUCUUAUCCCGCACCGUCGCGGCGAUGGAACCGGGGUACUCGCGCGUGCUGAUUAUGGACAUGGUGCUGCCCGACACCAACGUCCCGCUGCUCCAGGCCUCGCUGGAUAUCCAGAUGAUGAGCAUCGGGGCGGGGGUGGAGCGGUCGGAGCGGCAGUGGCGGGCGUUGUUGGGACAGGCCGGGUUGGAGGUGACGGGGAUUUGGAAUCGGCAUCCGGGGAUGGAGUCGGUCAUUGAGGCUACUAGGGUUGCUUAG